ACCGAUCUGGGCAUCAAAAUAUGCGUGUAUAUAUUUAUAUAUUAUUUCUGCUAACAUCAUUGAUUUCCUAUGGAUAUGGAACAGGAGAGCAAGAGGAGCAAAAUCCAAAUGAUCCAAAAUACCAAAAUAUGGCCGAAGAAGUAGUACGUUUCCACUUGAAUGUAACGAAACAGGAUACGAAACAAGUAACAGUGUCUAAGGUUACGACACAAGUAGUGGCAGGACUCCUCACUAGAAUACAAUUCCGUGUUUUCCUCGUCCACGGUAAAUCGGCAAUGUGCAAUUCCGAAAUAUGGGACCAAACUUGGAAAAAUUUAAGAGUUGUAACUUAUAACUGUGACUCGCUGUUUUCCAAUAAACGACUAAACUCCAGAGUCAAUUCUCGACUGGCAGUAACACGGGACCCUAAAAAUCCCAAAUACCUAAAUUUAGCAAAUGAGGCUCUUGAUAUUAUCUUUAAAACUCCAGGCAGUAAAAUUUUUAACAAAGAAGAUAUAAAAUCAGUAUCUGUAACAAGUGCAAACGUAAAGAUAGGUUCACAAAUAACAAAUGCCCUUGUUUUCGAUGUUACCACUCUCAAUAAUGGUCAAUUUGAAUGUGAGGGUGUAGUUUUGGAAUCACCAUGGAAAACAGUAGAUAUGAUUGAUGUUACUAAUGUUAAUUGUGAUAUCAGUAAAGGAAAUGCUACAAAAGGUCUCCUUAUGAGGCAGUCAGGUAAAAAACAGAUUGGCGGCCAAGUGCGUCAAAACCCUAAAGACUUUAAAUAUAAACGGUUAGCGGAAGAAUCUUUUAAAAGGUACCUUCACUCGCACCCCAGCGUUACCAUAAGCGUUAAGAAACUAAUAGUCGACAAAGUAACCACCCAAGUGGUAGCUGGAACCAUGAUACGCAUUGAUUUCCAUGUUGAUCCUAUCAAAGGGUCGACAUUUCCUUGCAAAUCUGAAAUUUGGGAAAAAGUUAAUGAUAAAUUAGAUUUUAACGUGAUGUGUCAAUUGAAUGAGAAGAAAUCAGGUGGUCAAAUAGAACAAGAUCCCAAAAAUCCUAAGUAUCAAAAAUUUGCCGAAGAAUCUUUCAAAAAGUAUCGACGUGAUCAUAUUGGUCUUCUUUUUACAGUUAAAGAGCUUAAGGUGAUAAAAGUAACCACUCAAGUAGUUAAAGGAAUAAUUACUCGACUUGAUUUCAAAGCCAUUCCUACCAAAGGCAAUGUAUUACAAUGCCAUUCUGAGAUUUUAGAUCAACGAUGGCUACAAAAUAAAGAUAUUAAAGUGAAUUGUUUCUCACAUUCCAAACUAACGCUAUCUAAAUCUGCCAGCAAGCUGGAAGAUGAAGGGGUUUUUAACAUAAUAGAUGAAGCAAUUACCGAUUACUUUGAAAAUUUUGAUACUAAGCAAUGGACAGUUGAGAACAGCGCGAUUAGGAGUUUUAACAAAAUACGGACUCCUUAUGGUAAAGAAUAUAUUAGUUAUUCUAAAGUGGACGUAUUCGCAUCCAACAGUUACGGUGAUUACAGUUAUUACAAUUGCAGUGCCGUUUUUGCUACAAAUAAACGGCAUGAAAAAAUCCUAAUUGGCGUAAAUUGUAACAAACAUACAUCGCUGAUGGAUGGAACUCAUUGGAGGGAUCCUUCUGAUAAGAUGUAUUUAACUUUAGCCAAAAAAGCGAUAAAACAAUACAUUAGAAUUACAAAAAACAAGGUUGGACUGAAAGGAAAGUACGACGUCGUAGUUACUUUCGCUGUCAGUAGUUUAGCCGCAGGAAGGUGGUAUGCCAUAAAUUUCGUGGUUCGACCGCUAAAGGUGAAUGUAAAAGGAUUGAAGUGCUAUACACAUGUUUGGGAAGACUUGAAAGGAAAACAGACAAUCACUGAAGUGACUUGUGAUUAUAAUAAUACAAAUCAAAAACGGUUCAAAACGUUGAAAUUAUAG